AUGGCCAGAUUGCUUCUCUCAUCCGGCCAAGUGCAGGUCAUCGCAUCGGGCUUCGUUGUGGUUAUUUGUACAUUUGCGCUCUUUAUUAGUGGCUAUAUAAUCCAGCAAAGAACACUCACUCAACUCCGCUCAGCGAUCAAACCACGACAAGAAACACGCCCGUCGCCAAAAGUCUACCUCCCUGAGAAGUUUCAAGUACGGACGAAGGAGCUGGAGGAUGGCCGGGUUAUCGACAUAGACACAGAAGCAGAUAUUGAAGUGCGAAGGCAGCGGCUCUUAGUUGAGAUCAAGGAGACGAAACCCAAUGUCGAUGUUGAGGGCAAUGCCGCACUGGAGAGAAACAUUGAGAUUAUAAAACAGUUACAAGCCAAAGUGGUGGACAAGAUGUCAACGCCAGAAGGACACGUCGAGGCACCAGUCAAGAACCACAAGCCUGUGAGCAAGGCAAAGAGGAGGAAGAUGAUCAAGCAAGAGCUUCAGAAGUCAGCCCAGGCUGAGGAUGGGCUUUACUAUCAACGCAGGAUGUGGUGA